AUGGAUCGAUCCCAUUGUCCUCUGUCUGACUCUUUGAAUCGCCUGUCUUUGGCUCAUGCUGCCGCAACUCCUCUGCCUACCUCCCCCUCUCUGUUAUCCCCCCGCGAUGGUUCGUCGCGUCUCCCCUCUCAGCCUGCGCCGCGCCGAACCCCCAGCUCCACCUCUUUGCGCGACGAACGCCGCAAAUCUAUUCCAGCCCUUCAAAAGCGCCAGUCAGCUGCCUCUCUCCGAUCUGUUUCCCUCAACACCGGACCUUCGUCACCACUGGCGGACUCGUCGCGCCGCUCCUCUUCCAACUUCGCGGGGUCCCCGACCACCACCGCGUCGCCCGCCAUGUUGCCGCAAAGACUCGCGCUAUCACCCACCACCGAGCCCCAGGCCCCAACUGCUGCCUCGAUUGCAGCUGAACACUUCCAGAAGGAGAUUGAUCUGCACCAGGUGGUAGAUCUUCAAGCCAAGACGGUGGUGGUUGUCCAUGACGCCUGCUACGGCCACCGUUUCUCGCGCCCGCGCGCAUCCAAGGCUGUGUUGGGCUCUAUCGUCGAGAGACCCGAGCGCAUUCGCGCCUGUGUCCUUGGUGUCUCUGCGGCGUAUGUGCGCCUCGGGCGCCGACACGCGGGUGAGCAGUUCGCGCCACACCCACACCUCGAUUUACAUUCCUUGCCUGCGCCGCCUUUCCAGAUCCGCAAGACGUCGCGGUCGCUGGCACUUUCGGACACUUCUGUGACGAAUGUCCAUGGAACACAAUGGAUGACCGAUUUGAAGAGCAUGUGCGACAUCGCGGAGUCGCGACUCGCGUUGACGGGCAAAGAACUCGUUCGGCCUCGCACUCAAGGCAAUGAUGGUCUGGCAUUUGGUGGCCCGCCACUUCACUCGGGCGAUCUUUACCUGUGUGCCGAAUCUUUGAAUGCAUUCGAGGGGGCUCUGGGCGGUGUUUGUGAAGGUGUGGAUGCUGUCCUCGGGCCCGGGCCGACCUCGCGCGCCUUUGUGUGUAUUCGCCCGCCGGGCCAUCAUUGCUCGGCAGACUUCCCUUCGGGCUUUUGCUGGAUCAACAACGUCCACGUGGGUAUCUCCUACGCGGCGAUGACCCAUGGUCUCACUCACGCCGCCAUCCUGGACUUCGACCUCCAUCACGGAGAUGGUUCGCAGGAUAUCACAUGGGAUCACAACUACAAGGCAUCCAUGGCCCCGCGCAAUGCGUCUCCUUACAAGAAAACCGCCAUUGGAUACUACAGCCUUCACGAUAUCAACUCCUACCCCUGUGAGGGUGGCGAACCAGAUAAGGUCCGCAAUGCAAGCGUGUGCAUUGAUAGAGCUCACGGCCAAUCCAUUUGGAAUGUUCACCUGGAGACCUGGGAGACCGAUGCCGAGUUCUGGAAACUGUACCGGACCAAGUACAUAGCAUUGCUUACCAAAGCCCGCGCAUUCCUUCGCCAUCAUACCAAACGACUCUCUGAAAACCCGACUGGGCCGCCGCCGAAAGCUGCCAUCUUCAUUUCGGCUGGAUUUGACGCGAGCGAGUGGGAAAGCCCUGGGAUGCAGCGACACAAGGUGCACGUCCCGACUGACUUCUACGCCAAGUUUACGGCCGAUGUUGUGCGAAUGUCACAGGAGGAAGGGCUCGGUGUGGACGGACGUGUCAUCAGUGUUCUCGAGGGAGGUUAUAGUGACCGAGCCCUGACCAGUGGAGUGCUCAGCCAUUUGGCUGGCUUGGGCGACUCAGUUGCACAUGAUUCGGUUGAUAGCCGGCUGGCAUCCGAGAUGACGGGUCGGCUUAGUCUGACAGCCUCUUCCCCGACUGAGACUUCGAAACAGCCUCUCAACCGAGCUGAAUACGAUAAUGAAUGGUGGACGCCGACUUUGCUCUCCGAGUUGGAAGCGCUUGUAUGGCCGCCAACCAAGCCACGAGAGAAAUCAGCUCCGACGUAUUUUGCGCCAACUCGCUCAUUUUCGGCCAAGGUGGUUACUCCGACGCGUGAUCGCAAGUCCAAUGGCUCUCACGCCAUCCCAGAUCCCAGCCUUCCCCCACUACCAGAAGUGGGCUGGGCAACCGCGGCACAUGAGCUUUCCAAGGUACUUAUCCCCGAGCACCGGCAAACCACGAGCUGCCGUCCGGAGGACCUCAACGCGGAGGCUUCUCGCCAGCGUCGCGAACGCCAGGUAGCAUUGGAUGGUGGUGUCAAUCUUGCUGCAGUGCCCGCGCCCCCGCCGCCCCCGGCGCCCCCGAGGAGAAACGACAGCUUCGCGCCUGCGACUCCGCGACAGCAGGCAAUGCGGAAGAAUCGCCGCACAACUAUUGAUGUCAAUGAUCUGCCCGACCCGUCGCGGGAGUCUUCGCCGACAGUGGAUGCCACUCGCAGAAAGAGUGCCACUGCAGCUUCCCUUGAUAUGGGUGACUUGACCGGCUCUGGUGACCAAGCGAGUGCUGGGGAACGGCCGGCCUCGGCGGCAAGCACAAAGUCCACCGCAUCCUCCGGUACACGCAAGACCAGUAGUUCGCGGCCGGGCACCCCGAAACGCUCUGCAAGCCCCAGAAAAGCUCCUCCAGUGCCCCGAGUUCCCGCCGCUUAUCUUCCUUCGAAACUUGCUGAUGAGGGCACCCCACCUCCCGAUGACGUGGAGGCAUUGUCUGCCGGCGUGCGCAAGAUUAAACUGCUGAUGCCAUCCCCCGAGGAACAACUUGCUCGGGAGAAGAAGGGUGUUCGGGAGAAGAAAGCCGCCGAGGAAUGCAAGCAGGCCUCGUCACGAGGGGGGCGGACGCCAAAGUCCCCGAAAUCGCCCAGGAAGACCAGUGGACCCAAAGGUGCUCGCGGCAAAGCAGCUGCUCACUUCACAUCCACACCCAGCAGCUCGCCGCCCCCUCUCCCUACUUCAUCUGUGGGGGCGUUCACGGGAGAUGUGGUCAAGCAGGAGAAUCAGGAGCAGAAGUUCGCUCCUUCCUAUGAUACACCGUUGACAUCUCUGCCAUCGGCUCCUGUGGCCAGCACGACUGACGCAAGACCCGGGGGAAUAUUCCCGCCGCCUGUGUCUACCUCUGCAGCUCCACAGCCGAAACUGUUCUCUACCCAUACCUCUCCGCCUCUAACCCCCGACACCAUUACCAACCCCGAUGCAACCCAUCCUCAGUCGAGCCUCUUCUCCCCUCCCAUGUCCGCAGCCCAAACCAAGCACGGGCUCCCGGUGUUCACGUCUAGCAGCCCUAUUCCCUUUGCCACGCCAGAGAAUCGCACCGACGAACACAUAGACCCACAUCCGACCCAGCACCCUCCCACUGAGGCUUCUGGUUCUCAUGGCCAGAGUGGUGGUCCUUCUUACCCACUGUGA